GGCACAUCUCUGGGCGCUUUUAGCUCCCUUUUUCGGUUGCAUUGUGUUUAGCGAUGCUAGCAACAUAUGCUUGGAUUCCAAUCGGUGUGUUCCCAAAGAAAAUUGUCCACAAAAGGAUAUCAGAUCUGCAAUCCUUUGUAAGGGCACUGAAGUCUGCUGUCACAGGUCCAAAGUGAUUGGCCUAAGUAAUGGAUCUGCUGCUAGACCUCGACCCAUCACUCUUUGUGGCAUGAGUAAUUCAAAUGGACUAGAUGAAAACAUACAGGUAUAUGAUGACCAGGCAGGACCUGGCCAAUUUCCCUGGGUGAUGGCAUUGUUCGCCAAGGGCCGAUACCUUGGAGGCGGCUCUCUGAUUGCCCCAGGACUAGUACUAAGUGCGGCCCACCUUCUGGUAGAUAAGUCCAGUGUCGACAUUAGGAUUAGAGCUGGCGCUUGGGACUUGAAAUCCCCUACGAAGGUGUUCCCGCCCGAGGAGCGUCAAGUGACUAAGAUCCUGUUGCACGAGGCAUUCGAUUACUUGAACGGAACUAACAACUUGGCUCUCCUCUUUCUGGAUUCGCCAUUCGAGCUAAAAUCCCACAUCCAGACUAUAUGCCUACCCAUUUCGGGAAAGACGUUCGAGGAAAGGCGCUGCAUGGUUGCCGGUUGGGGAAUGAGGACUGGUAAUAGGUUCCUAACCAUCCAACAGAAAGUCGCCUUGCCCAUAAUCGAUGGUGCGAAGUGCCAGGAUCAGUUCCGACUAACCCAUUUGGGCCACAACUAUCGGCUGCACGAUAGUUUAAUUUGUGCCGGCGGAGAGAAGGACAACGAUGCCUGCUAUCGAUUUGGAGGAUCUGCCUUGUUCUGCUCUCUCGAAGAGGACCCCAAUCGCUACGAGCAGGCUGGUAUCCUCGCCUGGGGCAUCGAGUGUGGCCCCUACACAAGUGUAUCCAAGUUCAAAGACUGGAUUAAUCCGCAUUUGGAGCAAGUGUUAAGCGUACCAGGAGAUAUUAUCAAUCUCAUGCAGGGCCAUCUUAGAACAUAAGUUAUGAAGAGAACUCAUAUGUUUUGAGCAUCGUGUAUAAAUUCCCAAAAUAA